AACCAACAGAGAUAAAACAGAAAACCCCAACCCCCCACAAACCCGCCUGCCUUAUUUUCUCCACUCUGCCAUAGCUUUCCUUGCUAGCUGGCGCCUAGCUUCCUCUUCCUCGCUCCCAUUCGAUUCCCAACAAACAAAUUCACCCACACCCUCCUCCCUUCCUUCCCCUCUCUCUCCUCCCUCAGUUCCUUUCUUCAAUCUCUCUUCCCUCAACAUCGCACCCCCAAUACGAUGGGCACCUCCAUCCUCGACGCUUUGAAUGUCCGCGUCGAAGGCUCCGGCGACAGGGUCCUCGUCCUUGCCCAUGGCUUUGGCACCGAUCAAUCCGCCUGGCAGCGAAUCCUUCCUUACUUCACUCGCCACUACACUGUCAUUCUCUACGACCUCGUCUGCGCCGGCAGUGUUAACCCCGACCACUUCAAUUUCCGCCGCUACACCACCCUCGACGCCUACGUCGACGACCUCCUGGACAUUCUCGACGCUCUUCGCGUCACUCACUGCGCUUACGUCGGUCACUCCAUCUCCGCCAUGAUCGGAAUGCUCGCCGCCAUUCGCCGUCCCGAACUCUUCACCAAACUCAUCCUCAUCGGCGCUUCUCCCAGAUUCCUAAACGACAGCGAUUACCACGGAGGAUUCGAGGAAGCAGAAAUCCAAGAAGUGUUCGCUGCAAUGAAGGAUAACUACGAAGCGUGGGCAAGCGGUUUCGCGCCUCUGGCGGUCGGAGCGGACGUACCGGCGGCAGUCCGAGAAUUCACGAGGACCUUGUUCAACAUGAGGCCCGACAUAUCGCUGUUUGUGUCUCAGACGGUUUUUAACAGCGAUCUGAGAGGGAUUUUAGGUUUAGUGAAGGUGCCGUGUUGUAUUAUGCAGACGGCCAGGGAUGUUUCAGUGCCGGCGUCGGUGGCGACUUACAUGAGGGAACACUUGGGCGGCCGGACCACGGUGCAGUGGUUAGACACGGAGGGUCAUCUGCCUCAUUUGAGUGCUCCUGCCUACUUGGCUCGUCAGCUCGAAAUAGCCCUCGCACAGUAGCGCGUGCCCCUCGCAGGCGCGUAGCUUUUAUCAGUAACGUUCGCCGAUAGGUAGAUCCCGCAAGUGUAGGCUGUAGAAGGUGGAGGUGCAAGCAAAAGAACCAUUCCUUCUCUUAAUUACUCUAUUGUUUAUUUAUCCGAAGAAAACAGGUUCAACUUCAAGUCGUCAACUUCAAUCCAAGCAGAAGGGUACUGUAGAGAACUGUAGUCUGUAUUGGAUGCCCCAGAGCUGGACGCGUGGCGAGUGAGGUGUGGACUACGUUGGGCUGGGAUGGUUCAUGGGUGUACUUAUGACGUUGGAAGGGAUAAGAAUAGGCACGAGUUCGUCAUUUGAUGCUUGCGGCGGGCGCCAUUUGUAUUUUACAGUAAGUAUUCAUAAUUAAGAUUUCAAUAUAUGCUUUCCAUUUUUACUUUUAUAUUCCAUUCCAUGAACCAU